AUGAUUGAAAUUGUUCAUCGAUUUGGCAUUAUUUUCAUUGUAACAUUAUACGUUACAGUGAAUAUUUAUACUGUAGAAGGAUCACCAUGUCGUUGUACACCAUGCAAAAUAUUAUGCGCUAAGUUGAUUCAAUGUCCGCCACCAGUCACUUGUCCAAUACAAACCUGUCCAGCACCACCACCAUGUCCACAACCGCCCCCAUGCCCACCAUGUCCUCAUUCACAGUUUUCCUGUAUACUUCAGAAUUCUGUUGUUACUCGUCAGAUAGUAGUGCCAGUCGUACGGAAAAAGCGUCAAUUAAAAAUGGACGAUGAAAUGAACAAUAACAAAUUAUCAUUGAAUCCUAUAUGCAACAACAAAAUUUUGCAAAAAAUAAUGGAUGAAAAUAUUAUGGCAAGUGAUGCUGAAUCACAACGUUUAAUUCAAAACGCAUCGGAAACUCAACUCGGUGGACAUUUUAAUGUUUUGUGUAGCAACAACGAUUUGUCCUAUUCGGCUUUUGCCACUUCCCUUUUCUGUCAACAUCAAAAAAAUAAUAUUAUAUGUUUAGCUUUUAAGACACCCUAA